AUGAGGGACCCAAAAACAAGCACUACGCUUUACAAGAUUCUCACUCCGCAGGAGAAAGAGGAAAUGUCCAGCACCAAUUGGGCCGGUACUGCACUUGACACCAACGACGGCUUCAUCCACUUGUCAACCGCGGAUCAGCUUCCAGGCACACUCGAACGCUUCUUCGGCUCGAGCAGCGGCUGCGGCGACACACUUUACAUCUACACGUUCAAGAGGUCGAGCGUCGACAGGCAGCGCGAUAUCCCCAUCAAGCUGCAAUUCGAUCCCGCUGCUGGUACAGUUUUUGGCCAUAUCUACGGUAACAUCGAUCCAGAGGUUGACUUUUCCGGUCCUGUUGAGGUCAAGCGCUUGAGCUCAACAGGCACAUUUGAUCUUCCACCUCUGGACCACUGA